AUGAUCCUAUACCAGCGCCCAGAAUCGAUACACUUCGUUGUCCAGAUUUGCGACGGAUCAGACUUCCGACACGGAGAGACGGAACCAGCUAGUCUCAUGCGCGCCACCGUCGCGGAUACAGCCCAUGUCACGAAACCAGGAGCCAUUGGACGUGUACUCACCUAUCAGUCAUCCUGCCUGCUAGCCAAGGGUGUUCCUGGCAUCAUCACACUGGACAUAGUGCAGACCGAGGUCCUGCGAAAGCUCCUACCAUCGGUGCAGUACAUGAGACUUGAUGGCGGCGUCGAAGCCUGCAAGCGCCAGGACAUCAUCAACAAAUUCAACUCAGACCCCUCUUACGACGUCCUACUCUUGACGAUUAGCGUUGGCGGUCUAGAACUGGACCUUACAGACACUGACACUAUCAUCUUCGUGAAGUCAUGA